AUGGGCGACAAAAUCGACUAUCAAUACUUCCUUCCGCACGAAAGCGGCAAAACUCACCUUGUUGGUGCAACGCAAGUCACUGUUUACCAGGGGAUUUUCGACGAUGACAGCAGAGACAAGACUCACGACUACCUCUACAUUGGCAAGUUCUACCCGGAUUUCUACAUCCGUACUUCCGACUUCGACACUCGCCUCAAGGACGCCACCCUGGAGGCCGACUUCGAGAAGGCAGUGAAGGCCAUCGACAAUCCCGGGGGCGAUGCUACCGACUUCUUCCACGUCUGGAAGGCCAGCGGCGGCUGGUUCGCCUCCCCGACCUCGUUCAUGCACCGCGUCAGCCGGGGUAUGACACUCACGAAGUGGUCGUACAACCAGAAGCGCCUAUGGGAGAAGAUCAUCGACUCCGCCGAAGUCGCGACCCUGCCCGUCUCGCACAACCCCGUCAUGGGCCGUUUCCUGACACUUCCCUCAUCUAUCCCCCUCUCCGAGUUCGUCGUCUCCACCACCAAAACCGAAGACUACCUUUCGCUCGCCGAGCUCCAGACCGCGGUGGACGAGUUCCCCAUUCCGCGCCCCCGCGUGAUGUCGUACGCAGCCGCCGAUCAGGACGCCUCGCUUUGCCUUGUUGGGUCCUCGUUCCUCGGUCUCUACGAGACCUGGACGUCUUCUGCGACCUACGCGGCGCUAUGCGCGGAGAAAGACGUGGAUCCUCUCGACCGGCCGUGGCCUGCCAACCGCGCUGCGGCCACCAACAUCGCCCAGCUGUUCCACAACCCGAACCCUACGCCUGGCACUGAUGAAGGCGUGGAGACCUCGACGACGGUGACUGCCAAGAAGAUCAAGGCGGCGGAGAACCGCCGGAAGCAUGCGCCGGGCCAAAAUCAGGUGAUGGAUGGCGUCUCCGCGACAGUCCUUGCCGGAAUGCUUUGGGGCGGUCCAGGACGCGACAUGAAAGGCACCGCCGAGUGGCUUCAUCGGAGCGCAUUCCGUUUUGGCGGCCUCGGGGAUGCCAUCAACCCGUUCUCAUCGCAGAACAAAUCCAAUUUGGUUUUCGGGACGAAGGAGUGCAACACCCACAUGAUCCGUGCCGAGGACGCGAUCACGAAGCUCAUCGACCACUGCCCUACUGCCUCGAGCGGCCUCCUCGUCACCGAAAACGUUCUUGCUGGGAACGUGCGCCAUCUCCAGGCCGACGGGAGCGUUGUCGAAAACGCCAUCCCCGACUGGUUCCAAGACGAAUGGAACAACAAUCCCGGGACUAUGUGGUGGCUUUCCAUGCAGCUCACCUACGCAUUCAAUAUCGAUCUCAAUCCCCAGCACAUCAACCUCACGAUGAACGCACGCGUUGAUUUCGACCCGUUCAAUCGGUACAGGCCACUGCUGUAUGAAGCGAAGCUCGACGACGUCGUCCUCAACAUUGUUCUAGAAAGGUUCGGCUUAGUCGCUGGACCAGCGCCUGCACCCACACCGGCCCCCGUUCCUGGACCGCCCCCCAAGAAGGCAGCGGCGGUGACGAUCUCUAUGGUCGCUCCACAAGUCGAACAGAAGCUCGACACCACACGUGAUCUCUACAUCAGUGCAUACCUCAACCAGGCUCUGUCGCUUUCCGACCACCGUACCUCAUCUUUGGACCUUCCGGCUCGCCGCGCUGCGAACUCGUCAUCCAUUCCCCUUCGCGUCUCAGGACAGGCGCCUUCUUCACGGCGCGUUGCCCAGUAUGCUGCCGGGCUGGCGAACGUCACGCCGGGGGGAUCUCCUUCGCUUCGAGCAUCGGGCGCUCAUGGAUUCGCCUUGCCUGGGCUCUCCCUUGCCACCAUUGCCACCUCUGCCGAUUCAGAAGCGCACGCGGACUGGAACAAGCCCUUCGUACCUGAUCUGGUCACCCUCAAUGGCGUCAUGAUAUACUCUCCUAAGAUCGUUUUACACGAAGGCUCAUCCGCAUCAUAUUCCUCGUCCGCUCGGCUGGAGGUCGCUUGCGCGUCUGCCAGCGUCGACACACUGCAUACCCUCCCCCUCCUUGUCGUCGGCGCGGAUCCCCCUCCUAAUGGAUUCACGCUCGAGGGUGACAUCGCCCUCUUCGGCAUCUCCGACCUCACCGCCAAGUUUUACAGUUGGCACGGACCCGUCCCCCACGACUCCAAGGUCGCAAACCCGCUGUACGAGAUGGCGAUCGUACCCGGCGAUUUCAAGCUCUCGUCUGUCCUCGAUGUCCUCAAAGGCACGCCGUUCGAUGCACUCACCUUCCGGGACGCUACGUUCAUGCGCCAAGACAUCGCGUUCGACCCGACGAAGGCGCCCGGCUGGCAUGUCGACGUCGACUUCCCCAUCAACGCGGAUGCCGGGCUGCUGUACGACGUCCUCCAUACCAUGCUCGGGGUGCAGGAUCCCAGUGUUCAUCUCCACGCCGGGCUGGGGCUCAACCACAAUUGGAACAACAGCCUCGGGGUCCACAGCUUCACGCUCGACGGCUCCAUCCCGGGGAUGGUGGUCAAGAUCUGCGAUGGGUUGACGCUGACGUCGGUCGGCGUGCAGCUCUUGGGCGUCCGCCGUGUCAUCCCUGGGGGUGUGAAGCCGAAGACGAGCAUGGAGUACGGCUUCGGCGUGUUUGGGUCGUUCGCGCUCAAGAUCCCGGGUGCCCUUGUGCCGCUCGAGCUCGACUACCAGAUGCAGAAGAUCGGACCAGUGCUGCGCCUUGCCGCGACCCUCAAGGCCGACACCUGGGACUCCCCCUUUGGUAUCACUGGCUUGAAGCUGUCGGAGGUGUCGUUCGAGGCGGAUCUCGUGGCCAAGGCUCCCAUGAAGACGUUCUCCUUCGACGUCUCCGCGGUCUUCCAGUACGGCGUCACUACUGCAGUCUUCAACGGCUCCUACGCCGCGGGCGGCCACUUCUCCCUCAGCGCUACGGUGUCCAACUUCGACAUCAUCACCAUCAGCGACAUCUUCGAGUCGCUCACCGGGGAGUCGCUCGACCUUCCUGACAUCGACUUCAAGGUCGGCUCUGCGACAGUGACGGUGGCAUCUGGCACCGGCCUCCUGAUCGCCCUCACCGACGUCGAGAUCGAAGGCCAUGUGUCCGCCAACGCGGUGCUGUCCAUCAAUUCGCGGGGUGCGAUGAUCCGCGGAGACAUCACGAGCACCGACGGGAUCUCAUUCGGCGAGGUUGAGCUGAAGAAGGCGUACAUCGAGAUCGAUCUACGCAAGGGCAUGGAGGACUCAGGCGUCAUGCUCGGCGGAGAGAUUUCCAUCGCGUCUCUGACCAUAGACGCCCUCGUUCACCUCUAUCGCGGCGCGGACAAGAGCAUGCAAUGGACUGCGUUCGCGUCCCUUACCACGGACACCCAGAUCCUCGCAAUCUCCAAGGUCGUCCCCGCGCUGCGCGACACUUUCCUCGACCUCGCUCUCACCAAGGUCGUCUUCGUCGCCGCCUCCCAGGACGACCCGCUUGUCUCCGGUGUUGUCACCACGGGCUACCGGAUCCACAAGGGCGUACAGGUCUGCGCGGUGCUGUCUCCCAUCAAGGAGCUCGACUCGCUCAUGCGCUCGAGCGCGCCGACGUCUGGUCUCGUGCUCAGCGCCGGGUGGUCGAGGCAGACGGGCUUCGAGCUCGAGGUCCUCAUGCCGACGGAAUCGAUCGUGAACUUCGGGAACGGGAUCACAACGGACCCCUUCGCGCUGCGGAUCCUCUUUGGCGGGAGCCAACCGACGCUGGAGCUUUCUGCGGGGAUCAACAUCCCAACCCCGCCGGAUGGCGACAAGCUCAAGUUCUCGCUCGUUCUGGACAUCAACCUCGUCGGGGCGUCUGCGACGGCGCAGAUGCACGGCAACUGGAAGAAUCCGCUCGGAUUGGGCAAGGACGUGGCCAUCGGGCCCGAUGUCGCGCUGUCCAUAGGCAUCAUAUUCGCUCAGUUCGUGGCGACCGGUACUAUCAGCAAAUUUGGUGUUGCAGGCGGCAUGGCAAUCGGCAAGGUCUCAGCGCAAGUAGCGAUGCAAGUGUCCGAGGAUCCUACGCAGGAACUACUCAUGGGCGAAGUGAAGAGGCUCGAUCUCGACGACAUCGUGUCGUUCGCGAACGUGAUCACCGGACUCGACAUCCCGCAGCCGCCUAACCUGGUGGACUUCCAGGACAUCUCGCUCUACGUCUGCCCCUUCGGAACGAUGAUCGGUACGAUCGUGUACCCUCAAGGCUUCUCGUUCAAGGCAGCGAUGGUGCUCUUUGGAAAGCACGUCGACGCCGCAUGCGUCGUCGACAACACCCAGGUCCUCGUCCAGGGCGGAGUCGACAACUUUGUACUCGGUCCGCUCUCCGUCCACGGCACUAACGGCCCGCGUGCGGUCAUCAAGGUGAACGUCGGUCCGAAGGAGCAACACAUCCUCGUCGACGGCGUGGUUUCAUUCCUCGACGCCAGCGUCGCUCUGCAUGCCGAGGUUGGCAUCUUGCCGAAGCCCAUGCUCCAGUUCUACCUGCUCGUGAAGUUCACGGACCUGUUCCUGUUCAACCUCCAGGCACGACUAGAGGGCGAUCUAUCAUCGUACCAGUCACUCGAGAACGCGGACUUCACCUUCUAUGCGCUUAUGCAGCAGGACAUCUUGGUGUAUGUGCGCGGACAGGUCGACGCCCAGUUUGAGAUAUUCCGCAGCACGGCCGAGGAAGGUUUCGAAUCCGCGAAGAAGGCUCUGCAGGACGAGGAAGAAGUCGUCAACAAGAACAUUGAUGCGGCCAAAGAAGUCCUUCGCAAGGCCCAAGAGGCCUGGAACCGCAAGUACCAUGAAAUUGUGGACGGUGCUCAGAAGAUUAUCGACGACUACCUCAGCGCAAUUGAUGACCUACAGCGCAAGAUCGGCUAUGCCCAGACCGACUAUGAUAACGCAAUGACGGAGGCUGAGAACGCCGUUCAGAAGGCGAACAACGAUCGCGCUGCGGCCAUGCGCGAAGCCAACGCCGCUCUCGAAAGUGCCAAGAACGAGGCAUCGGCUGGGAUCAACAGCGCGAUCGACAGCCUCAAUGAUGCCAAAGACUUCUUGAACCGCAACUUCGGAUAUGCCGUGCGCGACAUUGAGAACGCCCAGAGGAAGGUCGACGGCAUUCAAAGCGACAUCGACACAUGCCAGGGCCACAUCGAUUGGUGCAACGGCCGGCCGUGGUGGGACAUCCCUGCGCACGCCGCCGUCGCCGCGUACUACGUCGAACUUGCUGGGCUCGAGGCAGCGAGGGGCAUCGCCUGGACCGCGCUCGAGGUCGCCAAAGCCGUCGUCAAGGGCGCUGGCUACGUCGCCGCGGAGGGCGCGAUCGGCGCAGCCGAGCUCGCCCUCCAAGGUGCGCGCGAGACCGCGAAGGGCCUCAUCGACGCUGCCGAGGCAGGCGUUACCACUGCGGACAAGAUCUCGGAGGGAGCACUGGACGUCGCCAAGGACACCCUCGAAGCCGUGCGGUACGGCGGCAAGUACGUCGUGCUGCAGGGCGCGCGCGACGCGCUCAAGCUGUACGAGGAAGCGAACCGGGCCGCGUUCGAGGCCGCGCGCAAGGCGAUCGACACCGUCGAGGAGUGUUUCGAGUUCGUGACCUUCGAGGCCGCGCAGAAGGGGCUGGACGCGGCCAAGACGGCGGCAACGACGGCGCUCAAGGGGCUGCAGAAGGCGCUCGACUUGGCGGAGUCCGUCGAAGACAUCGCGCUCAAGGUCGGGCAGUGGCUCGUCGACCAGAUGCUGGAGCUCGUCGACAUCCAGCGGAUCGAGCUCUCGGGAUCGCUGCGCGCGAUCGUGGGCGCGGGGGGUGGGGCGAAGAAGCCGUUCACGGUGCACGUCAAGUACGUCCUCAUGGGCAAUCCCGGCACCUUCGAUGGGGUGCUCGACCUGUCCGACAUCGUGUCGUUCAUUGUGUCCCUCUUCAACCAGAUGCUCGACGAGGUCGAAGGCAAACUACCGGUACCCGACAAGACGGACUCCUCCGAAAAGACAGACUCCGGCUCGGGCUCCGGCUCGGGCUCCGACACGCUCCCCACGGGCGGUGGCUCCAGCGGGUCGUACGACCCCGACUGGCUGCAUCAUUACGAUCCCCACGACCGCCGUCACCGCGGCGACCCUCCUCCGUUUUUCGACGACCCGAAAUGGCCCUACGAGGGCAACAGCCACUUCCCCAAGCUCUAUGGCCGCCCCGUCGCCCGCAGCCUGGCGUCUCGGAGGACGCUGGCGGCGCAGCCCGGCCCUUUCCGUGCGUUUAUUGAGCACCACGAGGACAAGUAG